UCAAAAAAAAACCCAUUUUCAACAACAUGUCGCCAUAUUAGCUUCGCAAACUCGCCGUCAUCAACGAUUCUAACCUCUUCUUCUACGAACGAAAAUUUCAUAUAAUCCGCGACCGGUUUAUCAUUAAAUGCCGAAUUAGUAAACUCGAAGUGAAAUUAUGACCUCGUCGGGUACGGAAACGGGGACGUCCUUGCCGAAAUGGCAAAUAGCGGCGAUCGCGUUGGGUGCCACCGGCGCUUUGGGGUUAGGUUAUUGGUACUUCAAGUCAUCUGGUAAAUCUAAAGGGGUGCUAAAAGGUAGUGACAAGGCGAUAUCGAUAGACGAUGUCAAAGAAGAGCCGAUAACAGUACAACAACCUUCGACCCCAUUAGAAGAAGCGCAAGAGUUCAAAAACCAAGGUAACGCUUACUUUAAAAAAGGUAAAUACGAUGAGGCUAUUAAAUGUUAUAACAAGGCAAUUGAAACAUGUCCCGAAGAAAAUAAAGCCGAUCUAGCAACGUUUUAUCAAAACAGAGCGGCGGCUUACGAGCAAUUAAAAAAAUGGACCGCCGUUAUUGUCGAUUGUACAACAGCGUUAGAUUACAACCAGAAAUACGAGAAAGCAUUGAAUCGCCGAGCAAGAGCUUAUGAAGUUUUAAAAGAUUGGGAAAGUUGUUUAGAUGAUAUUACAGCGGUGUGUUUAAUGCAAAACUUUCAAGAUCAAAAACCUCUUUUGAUGGCUGAUCGUGUUUUAAAAGAAUUAGGAAAAAUACAUGCUGCAAAAGCCUUUAGCGUAAGAAAACCAAAAUUGGCUUCACACCAAUUCAUCAAAACUUAUUUCGCCUCAUUUCCAAACGACCCCGUUUACAAAAAAUUAUUAGAAACCGAACCUCCAAUAGGCGAACAUGAAGUACAAGGAUUUUUAAGAGCAAAAAUUGCUUUUGCCACAGAGAAAUACGACGACAUCAUCCAAGCGUGUACCGAGGAAAUUGCAAACAGCGAAUCUGAAUCACAAUUUUACGUCGAAGCGUUAUCACUUAGAGCUACUUUUAAUAUUUUAUCCGGAUCUCACAACGAGGCAUUAAUCGAUUUAAAAACAAUCAUAGAAACGGAUGGCAUCGAAGUGGGAAUUAAAGUAAAUUCGUUAAUAAAAAGGGGAUCUUUAUAUUUACAAUUGGAUAAUAUGGAGCAAUGUACUAAAGAUUUUAGUUUGGCCGCCGAGUUAGGACCGGAUAUUUCCGAUAUUUACCAUCACCGUGGUCAAGUUUAUUUACUUUCGGAUCAAACGGAUUUGGCGAGAUCUGAUUUCGAGAAAGCUGUGAAAUUGAAUCCUGAUUUUCCGAUUGCGGUGGUACAAAAAUGUUAUGCAAAUUAUCGUUAUGCUUUAGCGACUCAAAACGCGGCUUUAUUGGUGGAGACUUUGGAGGGAUUCCGAAAGGCUACCGAGCGUUUCCCGAGUUGUUCGGAAGCUUUCGUUCUUUAUGGUCAAGUUUUAGCCGAACGAGGCGAUUUUGAUAACGCGGAAAAAUUGUAUUUGAAAGCGCAAGAUGUUGAACCCAAAAAUGCUACGAUUUUGGUUCACCGAGGAGUUUUACAACUGCAAUGGAAAGGAAAUAUCGAACAAUCAAUUGAGUUGAUGAAAAAAGCUAUAGAAGUAGAUGAAAAAUGCGAAUUUGCUUAUGAAACUUUAGGAACUGUCGAAGUACAAAGAGGUAAUUUGGUGAUAGCAAUAGAAUAUUUUGGUAAAGCUAUAGAAUUAGCAAGAACUGAAAUGGAAUUAACCCAUUUGUUCUCUUUGAGAGAUGCAGCGGUGUCCCAACUCAAAGUCUCAACGAAACUGGGGAUUGGCCCCCAAGGUUUAAAGUCCACGUAAAGAGUUAUAGCACACUGCCACUUAACAAAAAAAUAUAUAUAAACAUUUA